UUAUUCAAAACGGAAAGUUUUCAAGAAAACAGCCAUAACAGCUUUUUAAGCUUCGUUUUAAUGUUGUAAAUUUCUGUUUCUGCCAUUAAUCUCUCUCUCUCUCUCUCUCUCUCUCUCUCUCUCUCCCCUCAAAAACUUUCCUUUCUUCCUCUUUGGCUGUGACAGUAACGAAGCCAAGCCAACCCAUCUCUCUCUCUCUCUCUCUCUCUCUCUCUCUCUCUCUCUCUCUCUCUCUCUCUCUCCUUCUGUUUUCGGAAAUUGCAAAUUUUAUCCAGUUUGCUUUCUAGGAUUUUUGACAGUUUUUCUUGCUUCCAGAAAUUUCUGUCAUUCGCCCUUUCGGAACAACUCUUGGGUAACCCCCAAACCCAAGAAAUUAGGUUUUUACCAGACAAAUUUGCCACCUCCAAAUUCGCUCCCAACCCAAUUAGGGUUUUGAAUUCGUGUUUCCGGCAAUGUCCACGUCGACAUUGCUCCAAUUCAGAAACCAAUAACAAAAAAAACUGCUUUUUUUCUUUUCUUUUCCCCCCCUUCCUUUUCCCUUUCUGAAUUUCGUUCGAGUUAGGGUUUUUAGACACAAUGAUGAUGUCGGCGUCGCCGACGUCAACAGUUCGUAGCUCCCUAGAGGAAAUGCUGGAUUCGCUCCGGCGCAGGGACGACGACGACAAGCCGAAGGACUUGCCGCCGGCAUUGCCGUCCAGGCCGGUCUCCCGGGCCCGCCUCCUGCCCGCCCGGAGGUCGUUGCCGAAGAAUUUUGAACUCGACGCUGCUCCGGCGACGUUAGUGAGCCAACCUAGCAAGAAGGAGGAGGUUAAGGGGGCAAGAAUUGGUAGUUUUGGGGGCAAAAAGGAUAGAGAUUUGCCAGGCGAUUCGCCGUAUGUGGAAGAAGAGGAUUGUGAAAUGAGGAUGGAGGAGACAGACCCUGCUGAUAUAGCUGCGGAGCCCUCGGCUUCGCUGCCGAGGUUUCGGGAGUCUGAGUGGGAUGACAACAUUGGUUACUUUAUAAAAAAGAGACUUCGUGUUUGGUGUAGACUCCCGAAUGGGCAGUGGGAAUUGGGACAGAUACAAUCAACUUUAGGGGAGAAUUCAACUGUUUUGCUAUUGGAUGGAGCUGCUGUGAAAGUGUCAACGGGAGAGCUCUUACCUGCAAACCCAGACAUCCUUGAGGGUGUUGAUGAUCUGAUACAACUCAGUUAUUUGAACGAGCCAUCCGUUCUUCAUAACCUUCAGUAUAGAUAUUCUCAUGAUAUGAUCUAUAGUAAAGCAGGACCUGUUCUAAUAGCAAUUAAUCCCUUCAAAGAUGUUCAGUGCUAUGGAACCGAUUUUGUCACAGCUUAUAGGGAGAAGCUUUUCGACAACCCUCACGUAUAUGCGAUAGCAGAUGUCGCCUACAAUGAGAUGAUGAGAGAUGAAGUAAACCAAUCCAUCAUCAUAAGUGGGGAAAGUGGAGCUGGGAAAACAGAGACAGCGAAAAUUGCGAUGCAAUACUUGGCUGGUCUUGGUGGUGGCAGUGGUGGGGUCGAAACUGAAAUUCUACAGACAAGUUGUAUACUGGAAGCGUUUGGGAAUGCAAAAACAUCCAGGAAUGAUAACUCUAGCCGAUUUGGGAAGUUGAUUGAGAUUCAUUUUAGUGCAACGGGGAAUAUAUGUGGUGCUCAAAUCCAGACCUUUCUGCUUGAAAAGUCAAGAGUGGUUCAGCUCAACCAUGGAGAAAGGUCGUACCAUAUUUUUUACCAACUUUGUGCUGGUGCUCCACCUGACCUCAAAGAUAGACUGAACCUAAAAAUGUCUAGCGAGUACAGUUAUCUAAAUCAGAGUGACUGCUUGGCCAUUGAUGACGUUGAUGAUGCUCAGAAAUUUCAAAUGCUCAUGGAAGCUUUAGAUACUGUUCGAAUUUGCAAAGAAGACCAAGAGCAAGCCUUUGAAAUGCUUGCCGCAGUGUUAUGGCUGGGAAACAUAUCAUUUCACAUAAUUGACAACGAAAAUCAUGUAGAGGUAGUGGCAGAUGAAGCUGUUUCCAGUGCUGCCAGAUUGAUGGGUUGCACUAUCCAGCGCCUGAUGUCAGCUUUAUCUACCCAUAGAAUCCAAGCUGGGAAGGAUAGUGUUGCCAAGAAGUUGAUGUUGCAGCAGGCAAUUGACAGAAGAGAUGCUUUGGCGAAAUUCAUCUACUCAAGCUUGUUUGGCUGGCUGAUUGAAGAAAUUAAUAAAUUGCUUGCAAUGGGAAAACUAAGUUCAGGAAGGUCCAUAAGUAUCCUAGAUAUCUAUGGUUUUGAGUCAUUUCAGAAGAAUAGCUUUGAACAAUUUUGCAUAAACUAUGCCAAUGAGAGACUGCAGCAACAUUUCAACCGCCAUCUAUUGAAACUUGAGCAGGAGGAGUAUGAAAUGGAUGGAAUUGAUUGGACGAAAGUAGAUUUUGAAGACAACAAGGAGUGUUUGGAUCUCUUUGAGAAGAAACCUAUUGGGCUUAUAUCUUUGUUGGACGAGGAAUCAAAUUUCCCGAAGGCCACGGAUUUGACCUUUGCCAAUAAGCUUAAGCAACACUUGAAUUGUAAUUCUUGCUUUAAAGGAGAAAGAAGUGGAGCUUUUAGUAUACGGCAUUAUGCUGGAGAGGUUCUCUAUGACACAACUGGCUUCUUGGAAAAGAACAGAGAUCCACUGCAAUCUGAUACCAUCGAACUCCUUUCAUCAUGCAGUUGCCGGCUACCUCAGUUGUUUGCCACUAAUUUGCUUCACCAAUUUCAGAAACCAGCCAGUCCUUUGCACCAGAUUGGUGUUCUUGAUCCCCAGAAGCAAAGUGUUGGCACAAAGUUCAAGGGUCAGUUGUUCAAACUAAUGAAGCAGUUGGAGAGCUCCACGCCACACUUCAUUCGUUGCAUCAAACCAAACAGUAAGAAGAUUCCUGGUUUGUAUGAAAAGGAUCUUGUUUUAGAGCAACUCAGAUGCUGUGGAGUUCUGGAGAUUGUCCGAAUCUCAAGAUCUGGCUAUCCUACUCGAGUGACCCAUCAAGAAUUUGCAAGAAGGUAUGGUUUCCUACUUUCGGAGGACAAUGGAAGUAAAGAUCCACUGAGCACAUCAGUUUCUGUUCUGCAGCAAUUUGACGUCCUGCCUGAUAUGUACCAAGUUGGUUAUACAAAAUUAUAUUUUAGAACAGGACAGAUUGCGGUGUUAGAAGAUACAAGAAAACAAGUUCUGCAAGGCACACUUGAGGUGCAGAAACGAUUCCGUGGUCAGCGUGCACGUCAUCAUUUCCAUGAGCUCAAGAAAGGAGUAAUAUCACUGCAAUCAUUUAUCCGUGGUGAAAAUGCUAGAAGGGAGCAUGAUUUAUUGCUAAAGCUGAGAGAGCAGGCUGUUCGCAAGACUAUUGAAGAACAGAUGAGGGCCAUCAUCCAUUUACAAUCUGCAAUCCGUGGCUGGUUGGCCAGAAGGAGUUUCAUUUACCUCCAGAAAUUGAAAAAGUCAAAUCCUGAAAAUAUGAAACAAAAGCCAGGGAUGAAAGCCUUGGAACUUAAGCAGGACGUGUUGCAAGAGAAUGGCAUGGUUCUGCCUAAAGCUCUAGAAGAGCUUCGAAGUCGUGUUUCAAAGGCAGAAUCUACUCUAGGGCAAAAGGAACAGGAAAAUGCUGCAUUGCGGGAGCAACUACAGCAAUAUGAGAUUAAAUGGUCAGAGUACGAGGCAAAGAUGAAAUCGAUGGAGGAGAUGUGGCAGAAGCAGAUGGUAUCUUUGCAAGUGAGUCUUGAUGCAACGAAAAAGAGUUUCGCUGCUGACGACACUACCGGUCAACCCGAAAGGCAAGAUGUUUCCCCCUCACCCCACUAUUAUGAUUCAGAGGAUACCACAUCCAUGGGACCACAAACUCCUGGUGGAACCACACCUAUCAAGAUUUCUAACACUGUUAGAGCAGGACGAGAGACUAAUGGUGGUUUGAAUGCUGUGAGUCAUUUAGCAAAGGAGUUUGAGCAACGGAAGCAGGAUUUCGAUGAUGAGGCGAAAGCAAUUGUGGAAUCUAAAUCGGGGCGUCCAGAUGAAGAGUUUCGGAAACUGAAACUCAGGUUUGAGACUUGGAAGAAAGAGUACAAGUCUCGGUUACGAGAGAUGAAAGCAAAAAUCCACAAACUGGGGCAUUCAGAAGUUGAAAAGAGUCGCCGCAAGUGGUGGGGAAAGAAGACCAAAGGAUGGAUAUAGUGUUUUAGUUGUAGGUUAUACAUCAUAUAUGUGUUUGGGGUGUGGACAUGGCUAACGAGAGUAGUAUUCUCGUAGACAAAAUGUUGUAGAAAGACUACGGUGAUCGUUUUCAGGAACUUUCUCUUCCCUUGUGGUAUCCUUGGUCGGUGUUGGUGUAGAAUGAGUAUAGAAAGGGAGAGUGGUUGGUUUUCCAUGUCAGCCAAUAUUCGGUACUUCAAGAAAUGACCAAGGAGCUUGUGUAUAACGUAAGGGUGCGUGAUUCUUCCUCCUCAUUUGCUUCAGAGUAGUUCAGAGUGUAUUUGUGAAUAUGCUGCUACCAGUGUCGUAAUUUCAGCAUGUGUAGUAUGGAGGUGUACUUUGUACGCUGAAUGUGGGAGAGGUGUUUAUAUUGUGUCUGAUUUAUGGGAUGUAGUUUACAAACUUUGCUCCAGCAACAUUGUACAUAUUAGAAGUAAUUGAUUGGUUACAUUCCCUCUCA